UCUGAGAGAAUAGAACGACCUGUUCUGGUGACGAUUAGCUGGUUCCCAGUCUGAUCUGCGCGUGCGACAUUCAAACAUUGUAUAGCCAGAACGCAGUCAGUACAACGAAUGGAUUGACAACACGGCAAAAUAGUUGACUUAGAAUGGGAUAAGAUUGGUGACAGGAAGCUAUCCCAAAGAGUGAGAGAUCAGCCAGAUUCACAGGAUGGGGAGGAAAGAUGCAAGUAGUCAUAGUGGUACAAGUGCACACCUCGCUCCAGUAGAUCACUACAGAAAACAAAUAGGUAAACAAGAUGUUAAAAAAAGUAAGAAAGAUGCUAAAACCAAGAAAAGACAGACUGACCAGAAGAGAUCAGCCAUGACAAUACAGGAGAUUGUCCUGGUGACAGGGUCCGGACUGGCCAUGCUGAUUGGUCUCUACAUGCUGCUGUUCUGGUAUCUGGGGACAUCAGAGUAUGAGAAUCCAGUGAAGGAGGAGCCGCUCUCGUAGAUGGAACAAUGGCUGCUGAUCGGGGAUUUAUUUUCCGCAAACUUUGUGUUCAAUGGCAAAACCAUCAAGAUUUUAAAUUUAAGUUCAAAGGGGACUUUGUUCCAUGUUCUGGUACCCGUUUCUAGUAUAGUGUGUAGAGACAUUGUAAUUAGUGCUCUGUGAGAAACUGAAACAUUGUCCAUGUGUAGUUCAGGAAAUAAUAAACCACUAGGUGGAUAUAUGUCAUAAUAUGUAACUGACAAACAAAGUAGUGUUUAAAUGACUUGAUCAAGCCUGCUGGGACUGUCAAUUUGCCAGAGCUGAGUAUCUCUUUAAGGAUCCUUAAGAUUCAAACUUUUCGCCAUUGAAUCUUUUAAUAUUUACAGCUUCUUAUACUGAUGUGGUUCAAUCAUUCCUUGUUUUCCAAGCAGUACAUCAAAUCAUCACUGAACACCGCUCCAUUCUCAGUUAACAGGGUUGGCAUAGUUUGAUUGUGUGAGUGAGUUAAACUAUAAAGCUGCAUCGACAUUAUUUCAGCCAUACAUUUACGAGAACAAGUUUUAAUUUCUACAAGGGGUUUCCAUGGAGCAAUAUUCAGUCACAUAUUCAAGUCGUGUUCCUAUGCAAGCAUGUGAUUUUUGUCUGCACAAAUUUCUGCUGUUAUUAUGAGAUUGCUAUGGUAUUUUUAAAUGACACAUUUAAUUUAAUAGCUUUUGACAUGUGACCAUACAUGAAUGUUUUGGGGAAUAUGGUGACAGACUUGAUUCAAUUACUUUAUUCUUGUCUCUGCAUAAUUAACAAUGACAAUCACUAUGUGCCAAGAAUGUAAUAAUGUUUUGAUGAACAAUCCAACUUUUCACCACAGUAGUUCGUAAUAAUUCAUACGUGAAGUUGUUAUAUUACUUAAAAAACCUAUAAAAAAGGGCAGCAUAAACAGACUGGUCGAGGGCGGACCUGUUAACUUUAAUGUUUGGUGGAAUGGAAGAAGGUUUCGUCUAUGUAUGUCAUGUGGUGGUCCUUUGUGUUUAAAAAACUGUUGUGAUGUCUUUUUUUUAUUAUAAGUAUGAAGAAAUGAAAUUAGAAUGUUAUAAAUGCAAAAUAAUGGAGAUGGCUUGUUAGUUUCACAACUUGUCUAAUCCAUUUGUCUUCUGACAAUAAAAUAUGUUUAACAUUGAAAAAAAGAGAAAAUGGUGGCUUUUUUAGUUAUAUAGAGAAAAUGGUUUCUUUUUUAGUUAUUUGGAUAGAUUUCUGGUUACACAAGAUAGACACAAUUUUAUUGAUAACAACUUCUUUAAUACUGUGUUAUCCAUAAAAUUGUGUCUAUCUUGUCAUCCGUCAACUUCUAAGUUAUGCAUAUCAAACAAGAUUUCUGGUAAAAGCGUUGUCUCUGACUGGGUUCCAUUCCCCACGUGUACAAUAUGUGAAGCUAGUUCUUGGUAUCCCCUGUGAUGUCUUGGGAUAAUGCUAAAAGCAGAUUCAAAACUCUUUCUAGCAAUGGUGUGUGAAAACCAUCUUGACAACUUUAGCCAAAAAUGGGUCUCCAGCCUUACAACACAAUCCUAGACUUCGUAUGAACUUAGUUUAUUUCUUCACCAUUGUACAUGCCACCAACAAGAUAUAUACUGUAACCAUGGUAACAAGCCUGUACACAACAUAUCAAUGUACAUGAAGAACUUAAAUACACUAAUAUGCAUAAAAGUAUGUACAAGUAUGUACAUAUGUAAAACUAUGACAAUAAACAAUGUAAAACUGAAA